AUAUACGAGCGUAUUAACAGCGGAGACGUCACUGGCUCCAGACUAACUUAGUGUACACACUGUAACCAGGAGCGGUGCUUUUACAACUGGUUUGGAGCCUUUCGCCGGAAAUGAGGUUGGUAUAAAGAGAGGGUGGAUAGUCUGCUGUGACAUCACAUUCUGCUACUCUACAGCAAACAGGUUGAACAGAACCAUGAAGUUCCUGGUGUUGUCCCUGGCUUUUGCCCUUGUUUUAACAACCGGUAGCGCUCUGAACUGCCACCGCUGUGUGUCGCGGCGGGCGGGGGAGUCAUGUGACCUGGUCGUGGAGUCCUGUAGGCCGGAGAAGGACGCCUGUGCGGCCGCCAAGUUCCUGAGAGCCCCACAUGGCCAGUACCAGAAAUGCAUGGCUAUGAGCGACUGUGAGAUGCUGAAGAUGAACUCCUACAUCGACAUAAAGUGUUGUGCCGACCACAUGUGCAACACGUUCUAGAAUGUGAAUACUGUACGAAGCCCACCGUGCAUUCUGCAUUGAAUUGUCCCUCGGAGCGACAAGACCCGGUGUGUGUAGCUGUUCUCUGGGGUACAGUAGACCUCCCCUCUUUUGUGUCUGUGUGAAGGUUGCUUUACCCUUUAAUAAAUGCAAAAAAAAAAAAGAAAGAUAGCUGUU